GAUUCUCAUUACUUGAAGGGUAUCUGUAGCGGGCAUAUGAUAUUCGAGGCUCUAUGCCAGCUCAAGGAAACAGCGGUCUGACAAGGAAUACAUAUCUCCUCGCGCGGAGUAACUAUUCCAGGGCCCAGAAACGACCCUCGGCCUAAGUCUCAACUCAGGAAUGCCACUCGCUGUACCCCUACCCUAUAUCAGGCUGAAUGGAUAUUCGGCAGCGAUCCGUUCGUCCCACCUCGCAUUUUGACUGAAACAUAAUUCCAGUCGCAACAAGCGUUGCCUUGGUUGAAGGAAGUAAAAGCUUGCAAUAAACACCACACGGAAGCGAGAUACCAGGGCCACGGAACAAUGUUUCAACACCCCUGUCUCCCCUCCCCCGAGUUUCCAGUGCGCUAGACAACGUGGACUUCAGGCAGAAUCAUUAGACGAGAGAUGACUAGAUCAUGAGAUCUGGAAUUUCUGUACGGUGUAGACGGGACUUGAUUUAGGCAAAUUGAAGAAGUAGCUUUAGGUGCCUAUUCUCGAUGCGUGCCUUGUCGGCUCACGGAUGGCUAGAGGACGGCCUUUGGCAGCUUGAAGGGAGGUAUGGCAUCCUUGUUCGUCUGCUUCGGAGACGGGAAACCUUAAGGGAACUUAAGGACGACUUCGUGGGUCUGAAUGAGGAGAUGAGAACUAGGAUGGGCAUGUUAUUUCAGGCUGAGUGCUUGGUCUUUUGCGGAGGGUUUUGACAUUGGGGAGCAAUCGGGGUCAGGACUUGGCGAAUUAGCAUUACCUCCAUGGGCUUGUAUAAGACGGCCGACAGUACAAAGGAACGUUGCUCUUAUUUUGAAGUCCGUGGAUUGUAUCUUUUUACUUUUACUCAUUGCCUGACUCUCUUCUUCGCUGUAUAUUUUUAAACUCGAAAGUCAACAUGCUUAACUUCAAGAACUUGGCCGCUGUGGCGGUAUUGUUGAGCAAUAUCGACAUUUCUCAAGCACAAGGUGGUGCUUGGACACAAUGUGGUGGUGUAAAUUGGAAUGGAGCUACGACUUGUGUAUCUGGCUAUGUCUGCAAGUACUCCAAUGACUAUUACUCCCAAUGUGUCCCGGGCACCGCAGUUGUAACCACGACCACCACAUCCAAGCCCACAACCCUCGUCACAACAACCAGUACAUCUACAUCCGCAGCCAGCACAUCCACGCCAACCACAUCUCCCGGCACUGGCCCAGGAGAUGCAGGAUACAGUACCGGCGGGGCCAACAGUAUCGAUGUCAAGUUCCGAGCCCGCGGCAAGAAAUACUUCGGUGUUGCUACAGAUCAGGGACGUCUUACUACUGGCAGUAAUGCUGCCAUCAUUCAAACGGACUUCGGACAGGUCACCCCGGAGAAUAGUAUGAAGUGGGAUGCUACCGAGAAUACCCAGAACUCCUUCACUUUCUCGCAGGCUGAUUACUUGGUGAACUGGGCUGUGACGAACAAGAAGUUGAUUCGCGGACACACCUUGUGCUGGCAUUCACAACUCCCAAGCUGGGUCAGCAACAUCGCGAAUGCUGCUACUUUGACCAAAGUCUUGCAAGAUCAUAUUGCAGCUGAGGCUGGUCGGUACAAGGGGAAGAUUUAUGCCUGGGUAAAAGACCCUUGGAUCCUUCGAAGGGUACAAAGCACCCAGCUGAUAUGCAAAACAGGAUGUCGUGAAUGAAGUCUUCAACGAAG